CCCUAGAUGGUAGCCAUUUCCCUCAGAGAAGAAGAAGACGUCGACGGUAGCCGCUCGAGGCUUUUGCACAGACAAACAUUAAGAAGAUGGUGUCCGGUUCCGGUAUCUGUGCUAAGCGCGUCGUCGUUGACGCCAGGCAUCACAUGUUGGGAAGGCUCUCUUCCAUUAUUGCCAAAGAGCUUCUCAAUGGUCAGAAAGUUGUGGUCGUCCGGUGCGAGGAGAUUUGCAUCUCCGGUGGAUUGGUCCGCCAAAAAAUGAAGUACAUGCGUUUCUUGAGGAAGCGAAUGAACACCAAGCCUUCUCAUGGACCCAUUCACUUCCGUGCUCCCGCUAAGAUCCUUUGGCGCACCAUUCGUGGGAUGAUUCCCCAUAAAACUAAGCGUGGUGCGGCGGCGCUUGCCCGUUUGAAGGCGUACGAGGGUGUUCCUCCUCCGUACGAUAAGAUGAAGAGGAUGGUCAUCCCUGAUGCCCUCAAGGUCUUGAGGCUUCAAGCUGGACAUAAGUAUUGCUUAUUAGGCAGACUCUCUUCGGAGGUUGGAUGGAACCACUAUGAUACCAUCAAGGAACUUGAGAGGAAGAGAAAGGAAAGAUCCCAGGCUGCAUAUGAGAGAAAGAAGCAGUUAAAUAAGCUGAGGAUUAAGGCCGAGAAGGUUGCUGAGGAGAAGCUUGGCCCCCAACUUGAAGUUAUUGCUCCUAUCAAAUACUGAUUUGUGAUUUUGAUCUCAGAAUCAGGGAUACUGGAGAAUUGAGUUGCAGUGGGAUUUCAUCUUUUAAUUUUUAUAAACUUUUAUCUCUUUUUUAGUAGACCAUGAUACAUCUCUGUAUGCUUCUAGAUUUCCUAAGUCAAGUCAAGUUUUUGAUACAUUUUUGUUAUGCAUAUCCAGUAGAUUCACGAUGCCUGUUUUAAACCAAGCAAAAAUGUUUUGAUUACUUAUUUGUUAUUUAUAUUUCAGUUUGUUUAUGACAUUUUUUUUUGAGAAAUGAUAAAAACAUACAACAAUCUUUUUUA